GAUUUGGAGAAUGCCUGCGCCGGUCCUAUUCUUUUUUCCUGGGGUUUCUGGAUUUUAGUCUUUUAAGUGGAUCCUCCCGUCGGAUUACUAGAAUCCUGCGCUCAUUGCAUGCACACAGUUUCAAUUAAAGAGAGGGUGGGGGUACAAGGAGGGUCUCCAAAUGCGCGAAUCCUUCCCACUGUGUCUUUCUUGUCUUUCUGUGGCUCCCUGGCCCUUCCGCUCCUGCUCCCCGUCCCGAGCCCCCCAUUCGCUUUGCGCCUGCUGCGCUUGAACUUGUUUCUGGUGGAGCGGAAGGCGCGAGCUGCGGACCCACACGCAGAGGUAAGGACUCAGGUGGGUCCCGGGCUGUGGAGGGUCCUCACCAGCCGCGGGGGCGAAGCCGCGUCAAAGCAGGGAUCCCGGUGGAGGUGGGGGUCCGCGAACCGGGGGCAGGGAGACCAAGGAGACAGCGCGGCGCGAGGAGCCAGCCGAGCCGCCGCGGGCUCUUGCCGUCAGCCUGCCUAAGCCUCCUUCACCGACGACGCAGACAAUUUAGAAGACGGCGGGGCGGGAGAGCGGGGGUGAGAAACGGGGGUGCCUGCGAGGCCAAGGUCACGGUCAA